UGUUAUACUUCCCCUGCCAGAGAAUGUGAAGGAAUAUUUGCUAGAUGAUGGGACCCUUGUGGUUUCUGGAAGAGAAGAUCCACCAAGUCAUGCUCAGGAGGGGAGUGAUGAUGGAGAGGAAAUACAGUGGUCAGAUGAUGAGAAUACUACAACACUUAAGGCACCAGAAUUUCCUGAGUUCACAGCUAAAGUUCAAGAAGCAAUAAGUUCCUUGGGAGGCAGUGUUUUUCCUAAACUUAACUGGAGUGCUCCAAGGGAUGCCUACUGGAUAGCAAUGAACAGCUCUCUGAAAUGUAAAGCUCUCAGUGACAUCUUCCUCCUCUUCAAGAGUUCAGACUUCAUUACCCGGGACCUCACCCAGCCAUUUAUUCACUGUACUGAUGAUUCCCCUGAUCCUUCCUUGGACUAUGAGCUUGUUCUUCGCAAAUGGUGUGAGCUCAUCCCUGGUGCAGAAUUCAGAUGCUUUGUCAAGGAAAACAAGCUAAUAGGUAUAUCACAGAGGGACUACACUCAAUACUACGAUCACAUCUCUAAGCAACACGAGGAGAUCUGCAGAUCAAUACAGGAGUUUUUCAAGAAACACAUCCAGUACAAGUUCUUGGAUGAAGACUUUGUUUUUGAUGUGUACAGAGACAGCAGGGGUAGGAUUUGGUUAAUAGACUUUAAUCCAUUUGGUGAAGUAACAGACUCCCUGCUCUUUACGUGGGAAGAACUGACCUCUGGCAAAGACUUGAAAGGAGACCAGGGUGAAGGAGAAGCCACAGAACAGGACUACCCCGUUUUCCGUUGUACAAACAGUAAAGUUACUGUCCAGCCCAGUCCAUACCUGAGUUACCGCCUGCCGAAAGAUUUUGUGGACCUCUCUACAGGAGAAGAUGUUCACAAAUUAAUUGACUUUCUUAAACUGAAAAGAAACCAGCAAGAUGAUGACUGA